UUUGCAUGUAGAGCUGAAAGAGGAAACCCAAAAAUAUCAACUGAUUAUAGUGAACUAAAGUUUGUCUGGUCUGCAGGUCAGUGUGUUUCUACUCUAAUAUAUUUCCUCAUUUGUUAAUAUGUCUCUGAUGAACUUUCAUGUUGACUUUUAAUCUGCCAUAACACACAGAUAUACAGCAAAGUGAAAAAAAUGAAAGUUUUUCACAUUUAUUACAUAUAUUUAUGUGUGAUGUUAACUUGUCUCAUCUUUCUUAUAACUAGUGUAAGAUGGGGCACAGCAGUGAGAGCCAGCCAAAACUCACACAUGGUAUGAAAAAAGCGAGAUAAAAAAUAGAGGCGAGAGAGAAGGACAGAGAGACGACAAGAAAGCGCCUAGAAGUGUGUGAGAACACAGAUCUGAGAAACCACAGCGAUAACGUAUAACAACAGCGUCAAUGAAAAGCACGCAGUACUGUUUGAAACGAGAUGCAUUCAGUGUUCCUCGUCCAGCAGCCUCUCUGACAGUGAGUCCCGACAGAGAGAAACAUUUCACUGAUCAAAACGUCUCAUUAAGAUGUGAUGCAGAAUCUACCGGUGGGAGAAUAAGAUAUUAUAGACAAAUAAACACUCGGUCAUAUCUGUAUGAGUGCUCCACCUGGUGGACGACGGACAAAUCCUCAUGUAUGGCUAACAGUCAGUCGAAGUAUAAAGCUGUGUACUGGUGUGAGUCUGGAUCAGAGUUCAGCAAUGCAGUCAACAUCACUAUAUACAAGCCAAAGUCAGUUCUGACUGUGUCUCCAUCAUGGCCAAGUCCUGGAGCCUCAGUGACGCUGACAUGUAACCAUGACGACCAGUCUGCAGGCUGGAGGUUCUACUGGUUUAAAGCUGCUCCUCAUAAGUCUGAGGACGGCUACAGAUACGAGCUGCUGCCUGACAGCAUCAGUGGGACUGUCCAGGAUUCAUUCAUCAUACAUGAACAGAAUCACACAUCAGGAUAUUCAUGUAGAGCUGGAAGAGGAAACCCAGAGCUUUUUACUGAUUACAGUGAACCAAAGUUUGUCUGGUCUGCAGUCUCCCAUCCAGCAGCGUCUCUCUCAGUGAGUCCUGACAGAGAGCAACACUUCACCUCUGAGUCUGUGACUCUGAACUGUGGAGGAAACUCUACUGAGUGGAGAGUGAGGAGGUUUUCAGAAUCAGGUUACCUGAUCGUCAUAGUAAACUGCUAUUACUGGGGGAAAAUGUCUGGAUCCUCCUGCAUCGUUAAAAAUCUGUCAAACCCUAAGUCAGUGUACUGGUGUGAGUCUGGAUCAGGAGAGUUCAGCAACGCAGCCAACAUCACCUCACACAAUGAAGAUCUUCUCCUGGUGAGCCCCGUCCAUCCUGUGACUGAAGGAGCUUCUGUUACUCUGAGCUGCAGACUGAGAGGAGAAAACCAACUUUCUAAUGUGAUUUUCUAUCACAAUGACAAACUGAUCCAAAGUGACAGCAGAGCAGAGCUGAAUAUCUCUGCAGUGUCUCAGUCAGAUGAAGGUUUCUACAAGUGUGAACAUUCAGGAAAAGUUUCACCUCAGAGCUGGAUGGCAGUUAAAGGUGUUUCCAAACCUGGGAGCUCUUCGUUUCCAGUGCUGCUGGUCCUCGGUGUAGUUUGUGGAUCCGUACUUGUCAUUCUGCUGCUCCUGCUGUGUUGCUUUAGGCUUUCCAAAGGUUCUUCUCACAGGGCGAUCCAGUCAGAGAUCGCUUAUCAGGGAUCUUCUAUAGAUCAGCCUCUCAAUCAGACCUCAACCAAUGAAUACAACUUGUCUUCUCAUGAUGAAGACGAAGCCGGUGACGUCACAUACGCUCACAUUAAGUUCAAAAAGGCCAAACAGGCGACCAAGUCCUCCAAAAGAGGCAGAGUCCGACACAGUGCGCUGGAUGUGAAAGGGAGGCCUCACGACCCAGAAGAGGGCACUGUUUACGCCGAUGUGAGGACAGCAGCUGCAGAAGCACUGAGUGCUGCAGCAGCUGACGCAGCGCUUUAUUCUGAAGUCAGGAAAGGAUCUAAGAAGAGAGUAAGCUAGUUGGGUUAACUCUAAACUGCACAUUAUUUAAUAGAGCAUAUAUUUUUCAUAUAAAAUGUCGCGUAAGCAUUACCUGAAAGAUCUUAUUUCACAAGUCUUGUCAGUGAACUCCAUAGAUAAAACCAAAGCUUUUUUUUUUUUUUGCUAAACCAGUUAUAUUUUGUUUUCUAUCUAAACACCAGACAUUUUUCCUCUUAUUUAUGGAACAUGUUGACUCAGUAAUGUUUUUAUCUAUUUUAUAUCCCUGUAAAUAAAAUAAACGCUUUUAUUUGUGUCAUUCCUAAUA